CGUACUGUUGAUAUAUACUCUAUAUGUGAAUCAAGUAUGUAGAUGUUUAUUCAUCAGAAGCCUAAUCCUCACAAUAAUAAAUAAAUAGCAGCCGAAAUUUUUCGCCGCUGUCAUUGGGUUUGGGCUUCUCCGUCUGCUUCCAUCGCCAUCCAAAGCAUCACCACUGCAGACCAACCCGUCUUGGGGCUACCCAUCCUCCUUUUUCUAUUCUCUCAUCCUUUUCUUUCUUGUCUCCUUCUUCUUCCGACAAUCUAGUUGUCAGUGGUUUCUUUAAUCGACUCAGGAUGGCCCAUCGUAUUGUCACCCAAGUCGUCGUUACUGGCGCCCGUGUGUUCGGUCGCGCCUUUACAGAGGCUUACAAGCAGGCCUCUGCUUCCUCCAAGUACGCCUCCCAGAACAAGGGCAAGGGUUCGGGCGGAAACGCCUUCGCCUCUGGCUUGACUCUCGAUGAGGCUUGCAAGAUUUUGAAUGUCAAGCCCCCACAGGGUGGUGAGGCCAAUGUCGAGCAGGUCAUGGAACGAUUCAAGAAGCUGUUCGAUUUGAACGACCCCCAGAAAGGGGGUAGUUUCUACCUCCAAAGCAAAAUUUUGCGGGCUCGGGAACGGAUAGAAAUGGAAGUUCGACAAGCGGAACGAAAGGUCGCCCAUGACAAGGAGCUACAGGAGGGAUGGAAGCCCAAGGUGUACAAGGACCGGUGAUUCGCCUU